AUGCAGCCGGUGGUACAGAAGCUUGAACCUGUGCCCAAACUUUCAAACUGCAGGAAGAAAAAGGAGAAAAGAAAGUGGCUACAACAAGAAGCCAAGAUCCAGACGCUCACAAGGGCUGGCCACAGGGCCCUGCAGGCUGCUCAGACUCAGGAGGCCUUGGGCAGAUUCCAGAAGGCUUUCUUGCUAGCCUCCAAGGCCCCAUCAACCAGAGGUACCCCUGUUCUUCGAGCCUGUGCCUUCAACCUAGGGGCUGCCUAUGUGGAGACGGGGGACCCAGCCACAGGUCUUGAGCUACUUCUGAGAGCCCAUCAUGAAGGGAAGUCCGAAGGCUGGUGUCACGGUGACCAGUGUUUCAAUGUGGCUCUGGCCUAUCAUGCUCUUGGUGACCUGACUCAAGCGUUAGACUGGUACCGCAGGGCCUUGGGCUGUCACCAGCCACAGGGUGACCGUGGAGAAACACAGGCAAAAAUGGGAGCCUGCUACCAAGCCUUGGGAUGGCCUAAGGAAGCAGCCUCCAGUUUCCAGGAAGCAAGCCGGGCCUACGCCCAUGCAGGCCAGCUCUGGGAUGCAGCCCUGGCCCAGGUGGCUGCAGUGAGGUGUAUGUUGAGCAACGGGCAGCAUGGACUGAGUGACGUGCUGCAGGCUCUGGAGGAGAGCUGUAAGCUUGCUGAUGCUGACCGGAGCAAGGACCGGGGACUCCUGGGGCCACUGUACAACGAUCUAGGCAUGGGUUACUUCCAACUCCAACUGUUCCCUCUGGCAGUAAAGGCCUUCCUGCAAGCCCUAUCCCUGUGUGGACAGCCAGCAGAGCAGGCAACAGUGCUUCGAAACCUUGGAAUGACCCAUAAUGUCCUUGGCAACUAUCAGGAGGCCCAGGAAUUUCACCAGAAGGCCGCCAGUCUACAUGGCUCUGUGGGCCAGCGGUGGGAGCAAGGACAGAGCUUUCUCGGCCUGGCGUUCUCACUGAGUCAGCGGGGAGACCACAGGGCUGCCUGGGACAGCUAUUUGCACGCUCUGCAGGCUGCUCAAGACACUGGAGACGUGAAGGGACAGUGGCAGGCCUGUGAGGGCCUUGGGGCAGCUGCAGCCAGACUGGGGCAACAUGACCAGGCCUUGAAAUACUAUAAGGAAGCCCUGGCCCUGUGUCAGCAGGAACCAGCUUCCAUACGAGAGCGGCUUGUGGCCAAGCUGGCAGAUGCUCUGCGGACCUGCUUGGCCCAGGAGAGGCUAGCCCAGGCUCCUAUCUUGAUACCCUCUGCUCCUGGAAGGCUGCAGACUUCAUGGAAGGCCUCCGUGGUGGCAAGGACCUCAGCCAGGGUACAACGCAGUGCAGAAGAUACUGGGGACAGCAGGUGGGAGGAUGAAGAGCCAGAGGAGGGCUGUAAGAAGAAAGAGAUGGAGGGGUUGGCAAACAUCAGCACUGUGUUGGGACCGCAGAGACAGGACCGAGCCACAGCUCAUCUUCUGUCUGGAGGCCCAAAUCCCAAUGGAGUGAAGCACCCAGUCAUCUCGGCACCCAACAAGCUCCAAGUCAAGCGGUCAUCCAGAUGGACCAAGGAAAGCCUCAGCAGGAACCCCCAGAGGACACGCACCCAGUCUGGUUUCUGCACAGUCAUGUGA